AUGCAUACCAAACAUUUCCUUGCAACCGCCCUCGCAGGCCUCGCUGCCGCAUCUCCAAUUCGUCGUGCUGAUAUCAACACCUUCGAGCUAGUUGCAAUCAAGUCGGGCAGCCCCAUUCAGAACUCAAACAUUCACGCUUCUGGCUCCAAGUUCUGGAUUGGUAAACCAACCGCUACGUACUGCCCCGAGCAGGUAGGAUCGAACUGCCCAGCUGGCGAUCAGACAGCCGUGUCCCAGGGCUCAUCCUCCAAUACACUGAGCAUGAGUGUUGUGGUCCCCGGCGGCCAACUCGUCUAUGUUCAGACUGACGGACAAGUUGGUUAUACUAUUGCCCACAGUGCCUCUAUUCCCCAAGGUGCCCUCACGUCUCCAUUCGAGUACACUCCUCCAACGGACGGAGAGCCUCUUGGAUCUCUGACAUUCAAUGAAAAGAGCUUCAGCGCCUGCCCAACUAGCGACGAGGGCGUUUACCAGAUCUACGCCAACGUUGAUGGAUUCACCCGGACUGACUGCAUUGGAAUUUUAAUGGGAACUUCCGAGUUUGAUGAAACAGCAGCUUGGGAAUACACCUAA